AUGGCAGCACGAGUAUUUAUAACCAUGGCAUGUAUUACAUCAAUAACUGGUUUUAUUUGUUUAUUAGCUGUCGCUGCUAUUAAUAAGCAUCCGCAGAUCUUAUGUUAUGUUGGUAUAGUUUUAGCUGUAUUAUCAUUUAUAUCUGGUUUAAUUGGUUUCAGCCUAGGUGUUGAUGCAUUCGUAAAGAAUCCGCAGAAAAUAGGUGCUGCAGCUGUUUGUGCAUUAAUGGGAUGGAUCUUUAGUCUGGCCAGUGCAGUAUCUUCAAUUUUUAUUAUAAAGAUAACACAAGCGGAAUAA